AUGGAUUCCCUGCCCUCGCCGGCAGCAGCCGCGGCCCUCAUGUCGAAGGUGCUCGAUGACGACAACCUCCUCCACGAGAUCCUCCUCCGGGUCGGCCUCCCCACUACCCUUGUCCGCGCCGCGCUCGUUUGCAAGCGCUGGUUCCACAAGGCCGCCGACCGGGCCUUCCUCCGCCAAUUCCGCCAGCGCCACCCGCCCCGCCUCCUCGGCUUGUACAUCAAUGGCAUGUUCUUUACCGAUACACCCGAACCGGCCAAGGUUCUUCCUCGCUUCGUGCCGAUGCUGACCCAGACCCAAGAGCCGGAGCUCGCCACCGUCCUCCGCCGCAUGGCAACCUUAAGCUUGGACACCAUUGAGACAAUAAUGAUUGAGCAAUGCUGGAACGACAGUGUCUUCUUCUCCAGAUUCCGGAACCACAAAUACACAUAUGAAGUGCACAACCCGCUGUUCCCUGACAGAGGCGUGGUCAUCCUCCCAGCACCAACAUGUGCCAUGAUAGACGAUGGCCAUAAACCUACCUUCUCUCGCUUCCUUUCCACAGGAGGCGCCGGCUGCUUAUCGUACAUGUGGCUGGCAAUGGAGAUCAAUGUUAUUGUUGGAAGAUCUACCGGGAAGGUACACAUGUUGGGAGAUGGUGUCCGGGUCUUGCUUACCAAAGCCACGACACAACUCCCCCAUCCGCUAUGGUGGCCAAAACCUGUACUCAUCCACGAUAGGAUCUACAUGGUUGGGGGAACCUCUAACAACAUUCUUGUGUUGGAUUUGGCGAGCUCUAGUUUCUUCACUAUUCAGCUUCCAGAAGGGGUAGAGUGGUCUUCUGGAUAUAAAUAUGGGACUGUAUUCUCACGGGCAGAUGAUUCCGGAGUUUACCUCAUCGAUUUGAAGGAACUUCCGUUUCGCAUCUGGCUCCACAAGGAUGAUAACUGGUUGCUGGUGGAUACCAUAUGUUUGCGUGAGAUGUGUGCUGCUUUUGAGAUGUCUGAUGUCAUGGUUGAGGAUGAGCAUACUACUGCUGUGAGUAUAACCCAGGUGGGAGACAAUGCUGAGUUUGUGUUCUUGCAGAUGGGUUCAUACACUCUCUACUUGGAUAUCAAGCGCAGGGUUCUGCGUAAAGUGUAUGAGAAGACAGAGAAGGAUCGAUACGUUUGUCACAUCCAUCCUUGCAUGAUGAUUUGGCCUCCCACAUUCCCAGCGCUCAAGGAUGAUUCUACAAGGUUUGUAUUUGGUCUUUGGGUUAUCAAUGCUCUUGUUUAG